CUCUCUCUCUCUCUCUCUCUCUCUCUCUCUCUCUCUCUCUCUCUCCCAUUCUUUCUUUCAUCCUUUUUUCAAAGCCAUAAAACGCACGCAAUACUCUCUAACAUCCUCUGCAUUAUGAUCUCGUGAGCUCAGUUUACAGUCAUAUUUAUGUCGUUUUCUCCUUUCAGACAUAAUCUAAAAGCUUUUAUUAAAACCCUGCUCGUACUAAUUCAAACCUUAAACACAGCCAUUUUGAUGACAGCAUUGUCAAUGACGAAGUAUCCCAGAUUUUUUUUGUGUUUAUUGCCAUUUCUUCUUCUUUUUCUUCAAGGCUGCAUUGGAGACAACACCAUUGCGGUUCAGCUCAACGACGAUGUUUUAGGCCUAAUUGUGUUCAAAUCAGACAUUCAAGACCCUUCCUCUCAUCUCUCUUCUUGGAAUGAAGAUGAUGACACCCCAUGUUCGUGGAAGUUCGUCCGAUGCAAUCCGGUCACCAACCGAGUAUCAGAGAUAUCCCUCGACAACUUGGGGUUAUCGGGAAGGAUCGGGAAAGGGCUCGAGAAGUUGCAGCAUCUGAAAGCAUUGUCCCUCUCAGGCAACAACUUCAGCGGUGAUGUUACUCCUGAGAAGCUUGCAUUGCCUACUAAUAGUCUUGAAAUACUCAAUCUUAGCCGAAAUAGGCUUUCAGGUCGAAUUCCAUCUUCUCUUGUGAAGAUGAGCUUGAUUAGAGUUCUUGAUCUUUCGGAGAAUUUGUUAUCAGGGCCUGUCCCUGAUAAUCUCUUUGAUAGUUGUUUUUCUCUACAUUCACUUUCUUUGGCAGGGAAUUCCCUUGAAGGGUCUAUUCCUAGUACAAUCUCUAGAUGUCUUUCUUUGAAUAAUUUUAACAUCUCCAACAACCGUUUCUCGGGAAACCUGGAUUUUGUUUCCGGCUUUUGGACAUUGGAAAGGAUUCGAACUCUAGACCUCUCGAGAAAUUUGCUUUCAGGGUCCAUUCCUCAAGGUAUAUCAUCCCUGCAUUACUUGAAAGAGUUUCUAGUACAAGGCAAUCACUUCUCUGAAACAUUACCUUCGGAUUUAGGCCUUUGUAUACACUUAGCGAGUAUUGAUUUCGGGGAUAAUCACUUCACCGGUGGUUUGUCCGAUUCGAUUCAGAGCCUUAACUCAUUGACUCGUUUCGGUUUAGCAAACAAUUUGUUGAGUGGUGAUUUUCCUCAUUGGAUUGGUGAAUUGAGAAAACUUGAGUACUUGGAUUUCUCUGGCAAUGGCUUCACAGGAAGCCUUCCAUCAACAAUGGGCGACAUGAAAUCGCUCAUUUUCUUGAGUUUGUCCAACAACAAGCUCAGUGGAAUUAUCCCAAGUUCUCUUGGUUACUGCACAAAGUUGUCUGUGAUCCAUUUGAGUGGCAACAGCUUCAAUGGGAGUAUUCCAGAGGACUUGUUUGAUCUAGCUUUGGAGGAAGCAGACCUUUCGAAGAACCAAAUAACAGGCUCAAUCCCAACAGGUUCGAGUAAACUAUUUGAAUCUCUCCAUGUUCUUGAUCUCUCAAGUAACAAAAUAAAGGGAACUAUACCAGCAGAAAUGGGGCUGUUCUCCAACUUGAAGUACCUGAAUUUGUCAUGGAACAAUCUUCAAUCAAGGAUUCCGCCAGAGUUCGGGUUGUUCAGGAAUCUAACUGUGCUAGAUCUCAGAAGCAGUGCCUUGUAUGGUUCUAUCCCAGGAGAUUUAUGCGAUUCGGGGAGUUUGGACAUUCUUCAGCUGGAUGGAAACUCGCUUACUGGUCAAAUUCCUGAGGAGAUUGGAAACUGCUCAUCUCUCUACUUGCUGAGCUUGUCCCACAACAAGUUAACAGGUCCUAUUCCGAAGUCAAUUUCAAAGAUCAGCAAACUCAAGAUACUAAAAAUGGAGUUCAACCAGCUAAGUGGAGAGAUUCCAAUGGAGCUUGGAAAGCUACAAUAUCUCCUUGCAGUUAAUGUGUCAUACAACAGGCUAAUUGGCAGGCUUCCUGUUAGGGGCAUAUUUCAGAGUCUAGACCAAAGUUCCUUGCAAGGAAACUUGGGAAUUUGCUCACCAUUGUUAAAGGGUCCAUGUAAAAUGAAUGUGUCUAAACCACUUGUUCUUGAUCCAAAUGCCUACAACACUCAAAUGGAUGGUGGUGAUCACAAGCACCAUUCUGAAUCCUCACCACUCACCGCGAAAUCCCACCACAAACUGUUCCUCAGCGUGUCUGCUAUCAUCGCGAUUUCAGCCGCUACUUUGAUUGUCAUUGGAGUUGUUAUUAUUAGUCUGCUCAACAUAUCUGCAAGGAAGAGGCUGGCAUUUGUGGAAGAAGCCUUGGAAAGCAUGUGCUCAAGCUCUUCUAGAUCAGGAGCUAGUGUAGCAGUAGGGAAGCUCAUUCUCUUUGAUUCGAGGUCAACGUUAGAAGGACUUGAAAAUCCUGUGUCUCUACUCAACAAGGCCAACGAGAUCGGUGAGGGAGUGUUUGGAACAGUUUACAAAGUCUCACUAGGAGCUGACCAUAAUCAUCAAGAAAGAACAGUGUUUGUAAUCAAGAAGCUUGUCACAUCAAACAUAACUCAGUACCCCGAAGAUUUCGAUAGGGAAGUGAGGAUUUUAGCGAAAGCAAAGCAUCCCAAUAUAGUAUCCUUAAAAGGGUAUUACUGGACUCCUCAAAUUCAGCUACUGGUGUUAGAAUAUGCACCAAAUGGAAGCCUGCAAUCCCGACUCCAUGAAAGGCAUCCUUCGAGCCAACCUCUUUCAUGGCCUCAGAGAUUCAAAAUCUUGCUUGGAACAGCGAAAGGACUUGCUCAUCUCCACCACUCAAUCCGUCCUCCAAUAGUCCACUACAACUUGAAACCGAGUAAUAUCCUUCUCGAUGAGAAUUUCAAUCCAAGGAUCUCAGAUUUCGGGCUUUCCAGGCUGCUGACGAAGCUCGACAAGCACGUUAUAAGCAACAGAUUUCAAAGUGCUCUAGGUUAUGUUGCACCAGAAAUGGCGUGCCAGAGCUUGAGAGUGAAUGAAAAGUGCGAUGUCUAUGGCUUCGGAGUCCUGAUUCUUGAGCUUGUUACUGGGAGAAGGCCAGUGGAAUAUGGAGAAGACAAUGUAGUGAUAUUGAGUGAUCAUGCCCGAGUUUUGCUUGAGGAAGGGAAUGUUUUGGAAUGUGUUGAUCAGAGCAUUGGAGAUUACCCGGAAGACGAGGUCUUGCCGGUUCUGAAACUGGCUCUGGUAUGUACCUCUCAGGUGCCUUCAAGCAGGCCUUCCAUGGCUGAAGUUGUUCAAAUCUUGCAUGUUAUCAAGACCCCAGUUCCACAGAGAUUGGAAGUGUUCUAGUCAAGCAUUUUGAAAUGCUGUUUCGUCACAUUUUUCUUUUUUCACUUUAUGAGAAAACUUGUUGAAAUUACUACCUUUUUUUUCACUUUA